AGGCUGGAGGGGCCGGCAGUCGCGGUACUGACGUCAUCUCCGUGCGCUGCCACGUCUGCUCAGCUCCGCGGUAAUGGAGGCUGAGGAUGAGUGCUGACCCGGCCCGGCUCUGCCUUUUACUUUAGCUCUGGCUCUAACUCUGGUACUGACGUGGGGCUGGGGCUGGGGCGGGGGCUGGCAGCCCGAAGCCUGGAUACCUUUUCUCGACUUUCCGGGCGGGGACGGCCUGCGGACAACCAGCUGGUUUGGAGCGCUUCAACGCAGGGAGGGAAUUCUCUUGCCUGGGGUCCAGCCUGUAAAGCCACCGCGUUCUCUUAGGGAUCCCGCCCCGCCGGCCGGGCCUCCUCCAUGCAGUUGAAACAGGUUGACGGCCAUUAACCUGGCUUGCAACUACAGGUGGCACUGGAAGCAGACUGGUUCCCGGACAUGCCCGGUGGAAGGAGGGGCCCUAGUCGGCAGCAGCUAAGCCGUUCAGCUUUACCUUCUUUACAGACUUUGGUUGGUGGGGGCUGUGGCAAUGGAACAGGCCUGAGAAACAGGAAUGGUAGUGCUAUUGGCCUUCCGGUCCCACCUAUCACAGCCUUAAUCACCCCUGGUCCUGUUCGUCAUUGCCAAAUUCCUGAUUUGCCUGUGGAUGGAAGCCUGCUCUUUGAAUUUCUCUUUUUCAUCUACCUGCUGGUUGCUCUGUUUAUUCAAUACAUCAAUAUCUAUAAAACAGUGUGGUGGUAUCCUUAUAAUCAUCCUGCUUCUUGUACUUCACUGAAUUUUCAUCUCAUUGAUUACCACCUGGCAGCAUUCAUCACAGUGAUGCUUGCAAGGAGGCUGGUGUGGGCCCUCAUCUCAGAGGCCACUAAGGCGGGUGCAGCAUCUAUGAUUCACUACAUGGUUCUGAUAUCAGCUCGCUUGGUGCUACUCACUUUAUGUGGAUGGGUACUUUGUUGGACCCUCGUCAAUCUCUUCCGGAGCCAUUCAGUCCUCAAUCUCCUUUUCCUUGGCUACCCGUUUGGUGUUUAUGUUCCUCUCUGCUGUUUCCACCAAGAUAGUAGAGCUCAUCUUCUUCUCACAGACUAUAACUACAUGGUUCAGCAUCAGGCGGUAGAAGAAAGUGCCUCAACUGUGGGUGGCUUGGCCAAAUCCAAAGACUUCCUCUCCUUAUUGCUGGAGUCUCUGAAAGAACAGUUUAAUAAUGCCACGCCCAUCCCCACGCACAGCUGCCCCCUCUCUCCAGACCUCAUUCGCAAUGAAGUGGAAUGUCUGAAAGCGGAUUUCAACCACAGAAUCAAGGAAGUUCUCUUCAACUCCCUCUUCAGUGCCUACUAUGUUGCAUUUCUCCCCCUGUGUUUUGUGAAGAGUACCCAGUACUAUGACAUGCGCUGGUCAUGUGAGCACCUCAUUAUGGUGUGGAUCAAUGCUUUUGUCAUGCUCACCACACAACUGCUGCCGUCUAAAUACUGUGAUUUGCUACAUAAAUCAGCCGCUCACCUGGGCAAGUGGCAGAAGCUUGAACAUGGGUCCUACAGCAAUGCUCCACAGCACAUAUUAGCACAGGCCUUCAAGCCCAGGAACUGAAAGAGAUUGGGCCAGGCUGAAAAGAAACCCGACUGUGGGCAAAGGACAAAUUUCAAUAAAAAUUGAAAAUACAAUCCACAGUACUAGUACUGUACAUCUUCAGGCUCCUGAUGGCACAUGGCCAUGAGGUGUAUCAUCACUUUAAUGCUGGUAAGUGUGAGCAAGGCCGACGGAACAUUUUCUGAACUGGGAAAACUUCAGGGUGUUAGACUUUUUUCUUUUUUUUGUUUUUGUUUUUUUGUUUGUUUAACAUAUCUAAAAUGUUGUCCCAGUUCUUACCCUAGGAAACUAACCUUUUCCAAAAUCAGGAAGAGAUGAAUUAACUUAGAUUUUUUUAAAAACUUAACCUGAAGAUCCCCAUCCCUGCCCCAACUCCAUUACAUUGGUGCUGGAAACAAUGAAGCUUCUUCCGUAACUUCUUUUUCCUAGAGAAACUUCUAUAAAAAUAAACCAGGAAAGCGGUAAAAAGUAAAAUCUGUGUGUCAGUACCUUGUGUGUCUCUCUUCUGUAUAGCUUCACGCAUAUAGGAGGCAUUUGAAAUAUGUGACAGACUGAUUUUCUAUAGCUUUUUGGGAUUAAUUCUGCAGUAAAUAUGCUGAUUUGACAAUAUGUUCAUUUGUCCACUACUUUCACUACAGUCUACUUUCUGUUCUUGUUUAUUCUCUCUAGCGUUUCCAUCAAUAGAUUUUGCUCACUUGGGGUUGAGAUGACAGUCCAUCUGAUUACACUCGGUUUUCUGGCUCAUAGUUGCCUUACACAUUAAUUUCUGCUCAAUCUCCUGAGCCUCAUAAGUCCUUUGACACUGAGUUCAUUGUAUCACUUUGCAGCCUCUCUACUGUACAGCAAUGAAGUUAUGAUAACAAAGCCUUCCUAACUCUUUCCAGUUUGUGCAGUGUAUCCUCAGAAUUCAGGCAGAUGAAGCCUUGCAUACUUAAUUCCUUCUUAGAAAUGUAGUGGGCCUUGCCAGACUCUGUCUUAUUUGUAAUUGCCAACAUGCUAACAUUGCAUUUCUUUCUCCCUUAGUUGGUCCGAAAAUACAAUAUGGCCUCAAGGGGUGCUGGUGCGACACAGCAGAUGCUUGUAUAGAGCCAUGGGGCCUUACAACGUGGCAGUGCC